UCUCUUGGCAACGACUCUUUCCUCGUCACUUCUCCUCCCACUCUCAGUCUAUUUCGCCCUCCGAACCACGGGAUCACCUUUCAGAAUUGUCUCGUUACUCUUCAUCAUAAUCCGUCAGCGGGAGGAUGUCUUGGAGUGCCCCUGUGGUGGGAACCACACUCUAUCCACCGCCUUCAUACCCCACUGGACAGCCUGGAUAUAAUGCUCAACAGCCACAGCCAGCGCCGCAAGCCAGUUAUGGACCAUACCCUGCUGCACCUCCGUAUGCUGGCACGGCACCCCAGCGGCCGCCCGAUACUCGGCCGCCGAAGAAGAAAGGUAACCCGAUAAUCACUCGAUACCCUCCCCCUCCGGGAUAUCGUGGACCUGCACAACCGCAGGCACCUUAUGGUCAGAACCACCAACAGGCACCCCAACCUCCAUAUGGGUUAGGUUAUGCUGCUCCCACCACUUAUCCUGCGCAGGGUUAUUCUGCCCCUACCGGUUACCCCCAGGGUUACACAUAUCCACCCUCCGCAUAUGGACAACCUCCAGCCUAUCCACCACAGCAGCCCUAUCCUCAGCAACCUUAUGCAGGUGCGCCUGCAUAUCAAUACCCACAGCAAGGUUAUCCGCCCCCCCAGGGAUAUACUCAGCCAUCAACGGCCUAUGCAGGAGCUCAAGGUUACUCAGCUCCCCCAUACGCGGCCCAGCAAGCGACAUAUGCAGGAUAUCCACCACAGCCUGCCGUAGUGGACCCCAGCCAGCAGCCGUAUGCUCAGCCCCACGGGUGGCAGCAGCAUGGUACACAGGCCCCAUAUCCGACGUCCGUCGCUUAUAACCCACCGGCAGCCAAUGGAGACCCCAGCGCUGCACCAGCACCGACCGGAACACAUUCUGGACAUCCUGGCUCGACACAAGAUCCUGCACCUGCUCCCGAUCCGAAUAACCCUGCUACAGAAGAUAGUGAGAAGAAGCCCCUGUAUCUAGGCUGGGAUGACUGGGACUUCGAUUUUGAAGGUGCCAUCUGGCCCAAGGCCAAUGAACCUGUGGAUCAGAAUCUGAGUCUGGGUGUUAUUAUCUGGAGACCCGCGAAACAAGUGACGCGAUGUCUACCAGCCUUCUUCGAACAGGCCGAAGAGCAGGCGUUGAAGGCCCCUGCACCGAAACUGGGCAAUGGAGAGUCCGUGUCCGAGUACUUCUCGUUGGAAAAUGCCCACCAGGCUUUCCUCAAUAUCCGACAGACAGACGAUUGGCAUAAGAUCAAAAAUGACCCUGUUUUUGUGGUAUUCCCUGAAGAGAAGGACAUGGAACUCAUCACACUGGAGGAAUGUAUAGCCAAACGUGAUAGACCAGAUGAACCGUUGGAGCUUCGGGAGUCCGAAGACGAGGAGAUGCAUGAUUCUAAUUGGAGUGUAAUGGACAACCUCGAACAAGCCCUGUCCGGCAAGCCCGAGGAUGCACAGCCUUCAGGUCUUGACCGUUCGAAAGCACCAAAGUCCAACCAAGAGCAAGAAGAUAUCCUGGCCAGACUUGGAGUAACCGGAUCUCCGAAGCCGCCGUCUGACGAACCCAUCGAGAUUCCUUUCUCUCUGCUGGAGAAGACAGCAAAUGCCGCACUUCCGCAGAAAGCGCUGGUGCCGCCACCUCCGCCACAACACCCUCCGCCCCCUUCAUCGGUGGCCCAUGCGCAACGCAAUCUAUCACCCAACGGGCCGCAGUACGAUCCUUGGAACCCGUCCAAAGGCCAGACAGUGCAGAAUGGUCAGGCAAGCCCUCCGAGGUCGGAAGCUAGCAACGGUACCUAUGCGGGAUCCGAUUUUGCAGAAAACCCUAUCAAUGGCGUGGACAAUGCGGAGAAAACGACCGAGGCCUACAAUGCAGGCCCGCAGCCAACCGCGGAUCUGGAACGGGCUGAUAGUUCGAUCUCGAGAAAGCGAAGCCAUGGGGAGACUGAAACUUCAGAAGACACCUUGCGCCAGCAGGGCGAUCAUGCCAAACGCAAACGACGGUCCGAAGUGGAUUCAGUAUAUAGUCGCCGCUAGCAGUGGGAGUUCAAGGCAGCCAUUAGGCAAGCCAUUCGGCCGCCUGGUUCUGGUUCUUUUCAGAAAACUACCGGCUGGCCCGAUGAAACGGUGCACUGCGAUGGUCACCUUGAUGACCUGUCGCUACGACUAACGUAGCAGCACUCCACAGAAUAGACGCUUAGAGCAAGAGUACGUGGAGCUAAAUGGCGCGCCGGGGGUAUGCCGCGUUGAAGUAUGACGACCAUCUGGCUUGUCCGGGUGCAGUUGGUGUUUAGGUAUUUGAGUUUUUGCUUUUCUAUAUAUUGAAAGGGGAGUCUGUUUCUUGUUUUUACUUAUCCUUCUCUGGUGUCACUU